CCCGCUUCAGCAAUAACGUAAUGACUACCGCUCUUGCCUAUAAAUACCUCAAUCACAUAUCCCAUCUUCAUUCAGAACCAGAAGACUAAAAACUAGCUCUCCCUUGCACAGAGAUAAAAAUGGUGUUUAUCAAGUAUUUGCUAGCCAUAUGCUUCUUGGGGUUGGCCCUACUUCAUGUCUCCCUAGCCCAAAGCUCCCACCAAGACUUUGUCAAUGCACACAAUGCAGCUCGUGCCAAAGUUGGUGUUGGUCCAAUUAGAUGGAACUACACAAUUGCAGCCUAUGCUCAAAAUUAUGCUAAUAAGAGAUCGGGAGACUGCAACUUGGAACAUUCAGAAGGGCCCUAUGGAGAAAAUCUUGCUGAAGGUUAUGAUAACUUAAACGGAGUGGAUGCAGUGAAUUUGUGGAUAGCAGAGAAGCCUUACUAUAACCACAAGUCCAACCAAUGUGUCGGUGGUGAGUGCCUGCACUAUACUCAGGUUGUUUGGCGUGAUUCGGUUCAUCUUGGGUGUGCUAGAGUCAAGUGCCACAAUGGGUGGAUGUUCGUCAUUUGCAGCUAUGAUCCUCCGGGUAAUUAUGAAGGCGAACGUCCUUUUUAAGUGGUUUCAUUAGUUACUAAUUAUGAUUAUGUUGUUCCUUAUCAGGAGUGUAUGUGGUGGUAGUACCUUUCAAAAAAAAA